AUGUCAAGGUCCGCUACGCCUGCGCUACCUUUCCAUAAUGGGCAGGCUACUGGCUCCAUAUCCCCAUUGGCAGCGCCCGCAGGAGGGCGAUCCAAUGCUGCACCCUCAGUGUCGACCUCUACAUACUCGCAGUUAAGCCCUCAGGAAACCGCAGACCGUCUGCAAACCUCCCUCACCCAUGGCCUCACUCCGGCAGAGGCGGAGAUACGAUAUAUACGAGAUGGCCCGAAUGAAUUACCUCACGAAGAACCGGAACCUUUAUGGCUUCGAUUCCUCAAACAGUUCAAGGAAACGUUAAUACUCCUCCUUCUCGCGUCUGCGGCGGUAUCCUUCUUUAUGGGAAACCUGGACGAUGCGGUUAGCAUUACUCUCGCUGUCACGAUUGUGGUUACGGUUGGGUUUGUUCAGGAAUAUCGGUCAGAAAAGUCCUUGGAGGCUCUCAACCGCCUGGUCCCGCACCAUGCACACUUGAUACGCGACGUGCCCUCGAACUCUCCCCCGAUAGUGCACCCUACUACGGCGAUUCCAGAUGAUGAAUUCGAGUUGCGGGAGUUGCGCAGCAAGAGUCCGAGCUCGGGUUCGGUUUCCGCAGCCGUCAAAGCAUCCACUACAGUGCCUGCCGCAGAACUGGUACCGGGAGAUCUGGUUUUGUUCACAGUUGGAGACCGGAUCCCAGCUGACAUACGGAUUACCGCUGCCACGGACCUCACUCUUGACGAGUCUAAUCUAACAGGCGAAAAUGAACCAGUUGUCAAGUACCCUGACGCGAUUUGCAACCAGAAGAACAUUCCAACCUCUAAGAUUGUGACCCCGCCCCGGUCGCCAUUUUACGACGCACCGGCGAGCGGCACUGUCGGUGCAGAUUUACGUUUGAACGAGCAGCACAACAUUGCUUUUAUGGGGACACUGGUUCGGUCCGGAUAUGGCCAGGGAAUCGUCAUAGGCACCGGUGCUAAAACGGAGUUUGGCAGCAUCUCUGCCUCACUUCAAGAAAUUGAGAGCCCACGCACGCCGUUGCAGCUGUCUAUGGAUCGCCUAGGCCAAGAACUAAGUUAUAUCUCGUUUGGAGUUAUUGCCUUGAUUGUCGUUGUAGGCUUGAUCCAAGGUCGAAAGCUCCUGGACAUGUUCACCAUCGGCGUCUCGCUCGCGGUUGCCGCUAUUCCGGAAGGUCUUCCAAUUAUCGUCACUGUUACCCUCGCACUUGGUGUACUGCGCAUGGCAUCCCGAGGAGCAAUUAUGCGACGACUCCCGAGUGUUGAGACUCUGGGUUCGGUGAACGUUGUCUGCAGCGAUAAGACCGGAACGCUCACACUCAACCACAUGACUGUAACAAAAAUGUGGCAUUUCGACUGCGCUGAGCCCUUUGAGGUACACCACGACAUUGCGUCACUAACCCCGGGGCCAGCAGCUCGCACCGUUCUCCGGAUUGGCAACAUCGCGAACAAUGCCCGGCUGUCACGCGUACAUGCGAACUCCCCUGCUAGCGCGUCGUCUGCUGCGGUGCUGUCUUCUACCGACGAUGACGCGUCAGGGUCGAUGAAGAGCAGAUGGGUCGGUCAGCCCACUGACGUCGCCAUCUUAGAUCUGCUUGAUGCUUUUGGGGAGGACGACGUGCGGGACCGCAUAAGUGCCCGGGUUGCAGAAACUCCCUUCAGUUCUGAGCGCAAAUGGAUGGGCGUAGUUAUUGGCAGUGGUGUUCCUGGCGAUUCAACUGCUCCAAUAGGUGGACCUAGCAUGGCCUACAUCAAAGGCGCCUUGGAACAGGUGCUGGCGCGUUGUGAUACUUACCUUACCAAGGAUGGCCAGGAGGUUAUAUUGGACGAGCGUCGGCGGCAGGUCGUGCGACAGGCUGCGGAACAAAUGGCAUCAGAAGGACUUAGGGUCCUGUCUUUUGCUAGUGGUGCAGUAAGAGAGUCUAGAGGAAGGGCACUCGGUAGUAGAUCCGGUACGCCUUCUUCGAAGGUUAGCUCCGGCGAUGAGGACGAUCGCUACAGCGGCUUGGUCUUUGCAGGGUUGGUAGGCAUGAACGACCCUCCUCGCAAGGACGUGCACAAGGCAAUCCGCCGCCUGAUGGCCGGCGGCGUACGGGUUAUCAUGAUUACGGGCGAUGCCGAAACCACGGCUGUUGCCAUUGCGAAGAAGCUCGGGAUGCCUAUCGUGGAGACUCCUGGAGUACGAAAUGUCCUCUGCGGGCAGGAAAUUGACCGCAUGGGCACAUCUGAAUUAUCUCAGGCGUUAUCGUCAGUCUCGAUAUUUGCUCGCACAAGUCCCGACCAUAAAAUGAAGAUUGUGCGUGCCUUGCAGUCCCGCGGUGAUGUCGUCGCGAUGACAGGAGACGGCGUGAACGAUGCACCCGCAUUGAAGAAGGCCGACAUUGGAAUCGCAAUGGGCAAGCUUGGCACGGACGUUGCCAAAGAAGCAGCCGACAUGAUUCUCACGGACGACGAUUUUUCGACCAUCCUGCGAGCCAUCGAGCAGGGCAAAGGAAUCUUCUACAACAUCCAGAACUUUAUCACGUUCCAACUCAGUACCAGUGUUGCCGCUCUGAGUCUAGUUUUGCUGAGCACCAUGUUCGGAUUCAAGAACCCGCUAAACGCGAUGCAGAUUCUGUGGAUUAAUAUCCUCAUGGAUGGUCCGCCGGCGCAGUCCCUCGGAGUAGAGCCAGUAGACCCUUCGAUCAUGGGCCGGCCUCCCCGACCCAAGAGCGCUCGAGUGCUCACGAAACCGCUUAUCCAACGGGUCCUCACCUCAGCGUUUAUGAUUAUGAUGGGCACUUUGGCCAUAUACAUCUAUGAGAUGGGCGAUGAUGACGACGUACUGACGGGAAAGCGCUCCCGAGUAGUGACGGCCCACGACACCACCAUGACAUUCACGUGCUUCGUCCUGUUCGACAUGUUCAACGCAUUGACAUGUCGCAGCGAAGGCAAAUCCGUUCUUCGGGGCGAGAUCUCUCUUUUUGGGAACAAGAUGUUCAACUAUGCCGUGCUGGGCUCGCUUGCCGGCCAGGCUUGUGUCAUUUACCUACCGUUCUUGCAGCGGGUGUUCCAAACGGAACCACUAAACGCAGCGCACCUGUUCAAGCUGGUGUGCAUUGCCAGCACGGUGUUUUGGGUUGACGAGGGGAGGAAGUACUACCAAUCGCUGCAGCGACGGCGGGCAGUUGGGGUAGGAUAUAGCGUGAAUGUGUAA